AUGUCACACAGUCCAAUUUCAAGUCCAUCGAUCCAAUCUCCACAUGGUGGUCAUAUGAUGUCACCACAGCACUCACAUCAUAGUUCGUCGCCACCACACCAUUCUCAGUCACCAUCUGUUGCCGAAUCAGAGUUGGAAGAGAAACGAUUCAUCAGUUCACUCUUUAGUUUUAUGACCUACCGUGGUACACCGAUCGAGAAGAUCCCGAUCUUUGACCACAAGGAGCUCAACCUCCACAAGCUCUACACCUGCGUCAUCACUCGCGGUGGUCUAGAGGCUGUCAUCGAAAACAAGCUGUGGCGUCAGAUCACCACCGACCUCGCUGUCGACCCCGAGCGUACCGACGCCGGAUUCCGUCUGAGAAUUCACUACUUGAAAUACCUCUACCCCUACGAACGCAAGUAUUUCCUCAAGAUGGAUGACGACGAGCGUUUCGACUACGAGGCAUUCGAGAAGCAUCUCUCCAAGUCGCCAUCCGACAAGAAGGGAGCCAGCUCCAGAAAGAAGAAAUUCCAAAACGCCAUCAUGUCGCCACAAACCAGCUCAACCUCACCCAACAGCGGAAAAUCAACACCAUCUCCAACCUCUUCACCAAGUACUUUAUUAGUCUCUGCUUUGCCACCACAAAAUACAAACAUUCCACAGAUCAAUCAUCAUCAACAACAAUCGUCAUCAUCUUCAUCGUCAUCAUCACUAUCACAACAACAGAACCAUCACUACUCACAAUCAUCACAACAACAAAGCCAUUAUCAAACUCAAAUCGAAUCACCAUUAAAUAACUACAAUUCGAACAACAACAAUAUCAACCUUAUCAACAACAACAACCAACAAAAUCAUUACAGUGUAAAUACAGCUCCUGAAUCACCACUCUCAUCAUCAUCAUCCUCCACCUCACAAUUUUUCACUAGUGCUAUUUUGAAUAAUUCUUCAAGCAAUCUCGCUCAUCCUGUCUCGACACCAACACAAGAAUUAGACCAAUUGAGAAAGUUUAAAUUAUCAAGAAGAAUUAUUUUAUUAAAAUCAAUCCACCAUGAAAACAAACAACAACAACAACAACAACAACAAAUAAAACUCGUCGCCCGUUCGUCGUUCUCUGUCAUUCAUCCGGUUAGAUUUGGAGUACCGCCAGAGACCAUCAAGGAUUCGAUGGCGAUGAAGAUCGACGUGCCAACGAUCUACGUGUUCCCAGAGGAUCUGUGGGAUCGUCGAACCGGUAUCAAUGCGGCCGAAGCAGAGUUUCCAGCCAGCACUGAGAAGCAGCAGCAGCAGCCAGAGGAGUCUAGCGAACAUCUAUUGUCAUAUUUACCAUCAAAGAUUAGUUUUCCAGAUGUUGCCAACACCAUCGCUGCCACCAACGAUGUAUUCGAUCCACCUACGUUCGGUAUCACAAUCAUUGGCUCAUCACAUGGUUUCGAUCCAAAAAAGUCGACCACCGGUUUCGUUCUCUGGGUAAACAAAAGAGGAAUUAUGGUAGAUCCACCAUUGAAUUCAAGUAACUUCCUUUUGAAUCAAGGUGUACCAACAAGAAGAAUAGAUCAUAUUGUAUUAACACAUUGCCAUGCCGACCACGACUCUGGAACCUUCCAGAAACUGUUGGAGGAAUACCAAAUCACAGUAGUUACAACACCAACCAUUUUAAAUUCAUUUUUAAGAAAAUAUAGCGCACUUUCAAAUCUAAAUCAAGAGUUAUUAAGAAGAUUAUUUAUAUUUAGACCAGUUAUCAUUGGAGAACCAAUGACCAUUGCUGUAACUAUCGAUAAAUAUUAUUCAGGUGAUACUUGUUUCGAUCCAAGUAGAAUCAAAGAGAUGAAUUGUCAAAACAUUAUGAAUACACAGAGAAUGAAUUUCUUUUUAAAACCAUGGAAUCAUACAGUUGUUUUACAUGAGGCGGGUGUACCGCCUAUUCACACACCGGUUUCAGUGCUGGCUUCACUUUCACCAGAGAUAAAGAAUCGUCUGUACUUGGUUCACAUCUCAGAGCACUCUCUGCCUACGUCGAGCGGACUCAAAAUUGCAAGAGAGGGUGUCAAUCAUACACUGCGUUUGGAUGUCGAGAAGCAGACGCACUCAGAGGCAGUCGAUAUUCUCAAGUUGAUGGAGAGUGUCGACAUAUUCCGAUCGAUACCACUCUCACAGGUCGCAGAGAUACUGAGAACGGCGAACCGCAAGACAUAUCCGCAGGGCAGUGUCAUCAUUGCGCAGCACACUGAACCCGAUGCUUUCUUUGUGGUGGCAUCGGGCAUUGUCAAGGUCAGUGUUGCCGACCUCGAAAAGAAUCUGAUUGCCGGCGAUUAUUUCGGUGAGAUGUCACUGAUAAUGGGUGGACUGCGUUCCGCCAAAGUCUCGGCGGUCACCGACGUCGAGGUACUGGUCUUUAGCAAAGAGGACUUCUUGUCGAUCACCAGAAACAGCACAGAGUCUAUCAAUUUCGUAACGAGACUGUGGGAGAUGAGAAACGAAAAGUCUUGGGAAACCAUCAAUUUAAAUAGCGUAUUGAACAGAUGUACCAAUUCACAAAAAACUGCAUUACAAACGAUAUUGCAUAGAGAACAACUCACAGAGAAUACGAUUUUAUGGAAAAAAGGAGAUGUUGCUUCGUUUGGAUGUUUGGUAGCAGAGGGUUCCUUUGAGUUUUGUGAACAAGAUUUAGAGAGAUUCACCAAAGGUUCAUUCUUGGGCGAUAUAAACGCAAUGUCUGAAGAACCUCCAUUAACACACAAAACAACUGUUAUUGCUAAAGAAAAUAGUGUAAUUUAUAAAGUAUAUUCAAGUGAUUUAAUCAAAUUUUUCCAGCACAACCCAGGUUUACAACUAUCCUUUUUGGAUACGAUGUUUGUUGAUGCUUUUAGAGAUCAACCUUUAGUUUUCAAUUCAAUAAACGAAAGACUAAUCUAUUAA